GUGUGCGCACGAGUGUGUGUGUGUGUGUGUGCAUGUGUGCAUGAGUGCGCACGGAGCCUCCGCUGUGGUCUUCACGCAUCUACUGUUUCUCAUGCGCUCGGCAAAGGAGUGAAUGCAACCGAUCGAUCACGCGUUGGCGUCGCGUGUGCCGAGAAGUGUGGAUCAUUCAACACUUGUUUUCAGAAGACAGAUACGAUGAUUAUUAAUUUUAUUGUGCGGAUACGAUGAUACUCUAAUCCAACCAAAGACAUGAGGAUUCACCUCUUCGCGGUGUGGCUACUUCUAACACUAUGGACUGAGGUGUGUCAAUGUUCGGGCUACCUGGAGCUACAGCUGAUGCGCGUGGAGAAUGGUAAGGGCGAGCUGGCCAACGGAGAGUGCUGCGUGGGCUCGCGACGCCGGUCGGAUGGCCACUGCGAACACGGAGACUGCGAGACCUAUUUCCGCGCGUGCCUGAAGGAAUAUCAAACUGAGGUCAGUGCCACCGGCCCGUGCACCUACGGAUCCGGAUCGACGCGAGUCAUCGGUGGAAAUACGUUUCGUCUCGAGGGGAGCGCAACAAACCCAAACAGGAUCAGCGAUGCAGGAACUAUUUACAUUCCCUUUGAGUUCGCCUGGCCGCGUGCGUUUACUCUGAUCCUGGAGGCGUGGCACUGGGAUAACCACUCCCUCACAGCCAGUGAGGAUCUCCUUAUCCAGCGCCUGACCUAUAAGGCUGUGAUGAAUCCAGGUGAUGAGUCUCAGCCGAUGCAUCUCUAUGGCGACACGGCGACUGUGGAGCUGAGCCUAUCGGUGCGCUGUGACAAGCAUUACUAUGGCAACAAGUGCAACAAGCAGUGUCGCCCGCGUGACGACUACUUUGGUCACUACGUGUGUGAUGCCAACGGCAACCGGGACUGCUUAGAGGGCUGGGCAGGCGAGGACUGCACAACAGCUGUCUGUAAGCCAGGCUGCAACCCACCACAGGGGAGAUGUGAGAUACCGGGCGAAUGCAAGUGUAAGGUUGGUUGGGGGGGUCCUCUGUGUAAUCAGUGUGUGCCGUACCCUGGCUGUAAACACGGCUCCUGUGUGGAACCCUGGCAGUGUCGCUGCAACAAGAACUGGGGAGGGAUCCUCUGUGACAGAGACCUGAACUACUGCGGUACACACCAGCCCUGCAGGAAUGGGGGGAUCUGCUCGAACCCUGAGCCAGGCCAGUACAGCUGCCAGUGUCCACAGGGCUACUCUGGACGCAACUGUGAGAUUGUGAUUGACAGCUGCACAGUUGCUGUGGCAACCAACUCCACAGAGGAGGAUGUGAGGCAUAUUUCCUCCAAUGUCUGUGGAGCUCAUGGACGCUGUAUCAGCCAAUCAGGUGGCAGCUUCACCUGUGCCUGCCAGCCAGGGUUUACAGGGAAAUACUGCCAUGAGAGUGAUGGUCAGUGUGAUGCGGUCACCUGCUGUAAUGGAGGCACUUGCUUUGACCAAGGAGACUCUUUCCUCUGUGUGUGUGCGAAAGGCUGGGGAGGCAGUACCUGUAACACAGCGAUCAACAGCUCGUGCGACUCUGCUCCUUGUCUAAAUGGAGGUGCCUGUAUUGGAGGGGGCGGGGCUUAUACCUGCAUCUGCAAGGAAGGGUGGGAGGGGCCUACCUGUGCUCUCCUUGUGGGUCGUGUGUGUGUUCAUGCUGGUGUGACGUUCGCUCACGGCCAACGCUGGGACCAGGAGUGUAACACCUGUCAGUGUGUGAACGGAGAUGUGCACUGCACACAGGUGUAUUGUGGGCCGCGGCCGUGCCUGCUGGAGGUGAGUGCAGCUGCGCCACAGCGCCCCCUGUGUGCUGGAGGCCGCCAGUGCGUACCGCAUCACUUCCUGUCCUGCCUCCGCCCGCCCUGCCAUCAGUGGGGCAUCUGCCCUCAUCUCUCUCCCCCCGUGGCCCCCCGCACGCCCUGCCAGCCCAACAGCCGUUACCUAGACAACCGCUGUGCCCGGGUCACGCUGGUGUUUAACAGAGAGAUGCUUCCCCAGGGGUCAACAGUUGAGGGUGUAUGUUCUGAGCUCCAGUACUGGCCAAUCAUGCGAGGCCUGGCCCGAGACCACCCUCUCCUCGUCCUGUGUGACCAGUGCCCGUCAGACAGCAGUGCCGUGGGGGUUGCCAUGUCCUAUGUGAGCAGUGAGCAUCCAGAGGGUCAGUCUCAGAUACAGGAAGUGAUGCGUGUUCUCAUCGAGGGGCUGUCCAAAUACCACAACAGCACCCUGCUGCUUGCCAUACGAGAGGUCAAGGUUCAAACGCCUGAGCCAUCAUCAUCAAGGGACUCCCUGCUCCCGCUGCUGUGUGUGUUGUUUGCGCUGCUGUGGCUGGUGUGUGUGUGUGUGUGCGUGUGUGUGCUGUGGACGCUGAGGCGCAGGAGAGACCGUGAAAGGACAUCAGCGAGUGUGUGUGUGACCAGGCCACCGGCGGAGCAGGAGGUCAACAACCAUCACCGUGACAACAGGCUGGAUAACAACCAUCACCGUGACAACAGCCUGGGGAUAGAGGGGGCGGGGCUGCUGCUGGAGCGGGGUCGUAUGGGGGGGGACGGGGCAGAGGAGGAGGAGGAGGAGGGGGGGGGCAGGAGCAGCUGCUGGGGGACAGGUGCCCCCCCCCUAAGUGCCCCCCCCUCAGCAGCGGCAUGCAGCCCCCCCGUGCCAUGGACAGCUGCUGCCACCAGAGCACCAAGGAGAGCCCGCGGGCCGGGGAGGGUCUGGGUCUGACCAAGAGGGUUCUGGAGGAGCAGUACGUCUGAAUGCUCCACGUCAGAGGGAGGUUCUGGAAUGCUCCACGUUAGAGCCAAACUGGAACACUAGAACACCAUCAGAGAUUCUGUCAGACCAGUGGUUGCCUGGAGACCAGAGAUUCUCUGCUUGUGACCAGACGUCAUGAGUGUGAGAGCGUUCUAUGACCUGCACCUGACCUUUCCACUUUGACCCGGAAGGGAAUCACCAAUCGGCAGCUCUGACUUUUUUCCGCCUCUAAAUUUGAUACUUUUCAGUCUUCACACACCCAUACUCACACACACACACACACACACACACACACACACACACACACACACACACACACACACACAGACAUACACACCCACCUAUACUCACACACACAAGCCCCAUCUGAUUGGCGGAGUUGACCCAUAACUAAUGGGUUGUCAUGGAGAUGUGUCAGGACUGUUCAGCAGAGGAUGUUGACAUCCCAGUUUAUAACUUAUAAGUUGUGUCACAAGCCUUACAUUCUGAAGUGCCCUUUCAGUGUGAGUGUGUGUGAGUGUGUGUGAGUGUGUGUGAGUGUGAGUGUGAGUGUGUGUGUGUGAGUGUGUGUG